AUGCACAAGAUCAGCAACUUCACCGGCCAGGCCCGACAUGGCUGGGAACGGAUGACUCCUGCAGCGUUCGGCAUGUCGAGAUUCCAUCAAGACAUGUCCUCGCCGCAACCAUUAAGACGUCCCCAAGGGUCUCCAGCAAUUGGGCCACAGACGGUCGCCGACGCAACCCCCGUCAAUCUGUCUUUCAAUGUUCCAUUUGCCUCCAAUCUUGCUGGACCUGAUCCUGAAGAAAUUUUGCAUUCCAGUCCCGGGGCCUUUUCACGAUGGACCUUUCCUGCCGGAACUCCAGAGGGCACACCGAUCCACAAGCUGCCCGUGCAUGUGCAAAAUGAAGACAGACUACGCUCUUUGUGUUCCUACAUCAGUGAACAGAGUGGAGGCCACAUACAAGCCACGGUGACGUCUUCCGAGCCCAAAGCUGGACCUGCUCUUCAUAGAAAAUCACAAGGGCUAGUGACAAAUGUCUGUAUUUCGGGUGACGGAGAUUUGGUGUUCAAGAUGAGGUCGAAGAUUCUCAACGAGACUCCCAUAAUGAUGCGCUCUGCCAUUGUGGAUAUUGACCCGGACUUGAUUUUGGAUGGUGCAGAAACUGGUAUCCGCUCCAGCGUCCUCAGUCACAUUGAUCUAUGCGCCAAAUAUACCGGGACGGAUAUUUUUCUUCUCAAGCCUCGGAAUCCCGAUGCAUCCUCCACUAGCGCUUUCUACGGUAAUGGGGUCGAUAGUGGCCUAGACCAGCGAUAUCGCGUGAACAUCUUUGGAGACAUGGAGAGUGUUGAGCACGCCAAAACCAGAGCCCUGAUGAUGAUUGACCAGAUCCUCAAACACAAGAUCGACGUCAUCAAACUCGAGGUCACGAUGCACACUUUGGUGUCCGGUCGGACUGGAAAGAACAUAAAGAUGAUCGAGUCAGCCACGAAGACGGCCAUAUACUUUCCUCCUCCUUUUCCUGGUGUCUUUGGAUAUGUUCCCCCACAUGCCACCCGUCGAGCUGCAGAUGAAAUCUUCAUUACCGGAGAAACGCAGGAACGCAUAAACCAAGCGAAACAGAAGUUGAAAGAGCUGGUUAUGGGCAUCAAGCUAUACUCUAAGGACGCUGUGGUGUCUGCCAGUAAAAUUGACAAUAUUCUGCUCGAUCGACUGGACAAAGUGCGCAAGAUCAUGGAGACGAACGGCUCUCACGUUCUCUUCCCGCAACUUGGCAGCCAACGGGGCCUUGUGCGUGUUCAAGGGACCGAUGUCCUCCAUGUUGAGAGAACGGUAAAGGAGAUCAUGGCGCUUGCCGGACAGUUCUUUAGUGCCUCAUGGUGGAUUAUGAUGCCUGAUCCGACACAAGACCCAGCUGUUCGGGCUCCAACGCUAGAAGACAUCCGUGUCAUGCUUAGUGACAUCUGCGCAAACUCGGGAGCGGAUAUCAGCUUUGAGAAAUUCACCUUCACCAUCAACGGAUCCGAUGACGCCGUCAAAGCAGCCAUGAUGGUCAUCAACCAGAUUCCUUUUGUGAAAAGAACUCCGUGCCAAAUGCGUGUCAAGAUAGAACUUGCAAACGAGCAUAAAGAAUUUGUCAGCGGUAAGAAGAACGGCAAGAUUAAUAAGAUUAUGGGUCAAAGUAACGUCCAAAUUAUCUUCGACGGUUUCAAUGAAUACAACUUCUAUAUUGAUGUGGUCGGCAGUCAGUAUGAAGCCACCAAGAAUGGUCUGGACCUGGUCGAACAGGAAAUGCCGGCGUCAAUCUCAUUUCACGUUCCUGAUCAAUACCACAAGCGUAUCAUUGGCAUUGGUGGACAACAUAUCCAGCGCAUCAUGAAGAAGUACUCCGUCUUCGUGAAAUUCUCCAAUGCUAUGGACCGUGGAGGAAUUGGAAAAGAAGAGGACGACAUCAAGGUCGAUAACGUCAUUUGUCGAACACCGGCACGCAACGCCCAAAGCUUGGAUUUGGUGAAGCAGGAGAUCAUGGACAUGGUUGAGAAAGCUGACGCCGAGUUCGUCUCCGAAACCGUGGUCAUCAACCGACUCUACCAUCGCGAAUUGAUCGCUCGAUUACCCGAGAUCGAGGAACUGGAAAAGAAAUGGAAUUGCAAGAUUGACUUCCCGAACACAGAGCAAGCCAGUGACGUUGUCACCAUCUCCGGACCGGAAUAUCAAGUACCACAAGCGGUAGAUGCGUUCUUAGGAAUGGUGCCGGAGAGCCAUGAGAUUGCGUUCCAAAAGUCCGACGAGCUGGAGACGUUCUUCGCGAGUGCCGAAUUUUUCAACGAGCUCCGUCAGAAAUUGAGAAGCCAGUAUGAAGUGGACGUUCACGCGAACCCCGAAAUGAGCAGCUUGCCCAAGUCCGCGACCGCGUCGGUCGAGCGUAUCGUCAGCGCCUCGGAGGGACGACUCGUUCUCACAUAUACGCGAAAUAAUGCGGGGGGGCUCAAAGAUGCGAUUGACUACCUCAUCUCUCAGCUCGUUCCUCACGGUCUCGAUGCGACGACUGUGAAAGGCGCGAUUCCUCGACCCAAAUCCGACUCAUUUGAGGAUUCGCUCCCUUUCUUUGAUUCGAAGCUCCUGCAAAAUGCUCCCUCGCUUCUUUCGACCGACUCACCAACUCGAGCGAACUUCGCUGAUGGAGAAAGCACCCCUGUCUCGGAACGUGCGUCUCUGUUCGAACGUCUGCGCAAACCGGGCAGCAUCUCGUCCUUUUCUUCCUUUAUGAGCCGAAAAAAUCAGAACAAUUCUCCUGGAACCUUCUUCAAGCACGCCUCUUCCAAUGCUAGCAAGGCGUCGCUAAUUUCCAUGGAGAGCCGUGAAAGCGGUUAUCGCAAUUUUUGGAACGAUAGCGGUGUCAACCUACCGGAGGAGGAUAUUUCAGCUUCUUCCGUCAGUGGUGGUUGGCCGUCACGAUUUCACGAAAACAAAUUUCCAUUCGGAACAGGCGGGACGGUGUCUGGAGACCGAACUCCCAAGCACGAACCUCGGGCUAGUUUUGACUCUGGAAGACCACCAACCUCGCAUUCUCUUUCUUCUUACCCGGCCCCUAUCGGGCCACAUCAUCACCAUCAGAUCCUGGGUAGCACGAAUGGAUCUGCCCACAAUUUGAAUCUUCCUUUGCGCUAG